AUCCCAAACUGAGAUUAGAACUCAGCUGUGUUUAUUAUUCAGCCCUGGAAAGCAACCCGGUCUCUUUUGCUUUUUGGCUCUCACCUGGAAGGCUUAGCAGCAGCAGAAUGAAGGGGAAGACGGCCGAGCGGAUGCAGAAGACCACAGCGCGGGAAGCCAGCGGUGCAUUGUCUGCAGGACCACAACUAAGGGCUCAGGAAGCACCUCUCCCCAGAAGACUGACUGGGAGAAAGCUCGAUGCAAGCAAUAUCCUGAAGCGGAAAGCGGGAAGAUCAAAGAUAUAUGAUUGAUGCAUCGUCUUGCCAAAAGGGCCUCGGCUGCUGUGCUCCUGUUACAGGCUUUCUCCAUCUGAUCCAUUUCCUCUUCUCCUGUUCACUCAAGUUGCUUGUGCGAUACUCCAAGGCUAAAGUCCAAGGAAGCUCUUAGCUAAUCACUUGACAAAGAGUUCUUUGUUACUGUAGUUCUUCUGAAGAAAUCUGAGACUCCCUUUUCUCCCAUCUCUGGGAGCUGAUGAUGAUCUGAAGUAGGAGGAGUCCUGAUACUAGGAUAUCUAUUCCUUCUCCCGUGGUUCAUUUAUGGUCUCACAAGAGCACAGCAAAAGCCACUUCCCAGCGUUAGGCCCAAGAGACAUGUUGCUUGUGUGUCUCGCUUUCCUCUUCCUGUCUGUCCUUGGGACACAGGCUUCCCAAGCUUGCCCUCACCUGUGCUUCUGCUACGAAUCUUCCAAUUUUGUGGACUGCCAUGGACGACACCUCCCUCGCAUCCCGCAUGGUAUCCCUCAUAACACAUGGAUGCUGGACCUGAGGCACAACAACUUGAGUGGGCUGGAAGGAGGCUGCUUUGAUGCCCUGUGGUCCAUGAAGAUCCUUCUGCUGGGCCACAACUCGAUUAUCAGAAUCUGGACCAAAGCCUUCAAAUCUCUCAACUUCCUGGAGAAGAUGGAUCUCAGCCACAACCUUCUGGCCCAUCUGCCUCAUGACUUCUCAGAUGACUUGACCUCCCUCAAGGAUCUCAAGGUGGCUCACAAUCAUCUGGGGGCCUUGGGUUUUGAAAGUCUCCAGUACCUGGAGAACUUAGAGAAGUUAGAUCUGAGCCAUAAUCGUGUGACUUCAAUUGAGAAGGGAACUUUCCGGGGCCUUUCUAGGCUCCGACACCUCUACCUUCAGUUCAACAGGCUUGCGGUUGUCCACAAUGGCUUCUUCUUUAUGCUCCAGAACCUGGAAGUCCUGUUGCUUAGCAACAACAACAUCAGUUCCAUUGAGGUGGAGGCCUUCACCUCUCUGCACAACAUGAACCUCUUGGGCUUGACUGGCAACCAGCUCAUCCAUCUCAAAUUUAAGACUUUCCUCAACAUCCAGACCAUCAGCACCCACAUCCAGCUGGCAAACAACCAGUGGGCCUGUGACUGUGACCUGCAGCGAGUGUUUGGUAAGCUCACAAGCGUCCGACACCUCCACGUGGACGACUAUGAGAACAUCACCUGUGCCAGUCCAUGGCAGCUUGCUGGCUUGCCCCUCAUUUCUGUGGACAGUCAGUUGUGUGUGGCAGAGACGGCCACGGUCCUGGUGAUCACUGUCACGGUCUUAGUGACGGUGAUUGCCGCCAUUGUGAUGGCCGAGAGGAACAGGAAGAAGAACCAAGAGAAGAACUGGAAUGAAUCAGAAGCUCCCUUUGACGUGCACGAAAAAUAAAUGGAGGAAGGGAGGUGGGUGGUGGGGAAGAGAGAGAGAGAGCUGAGUCAUGGAAAAAAAAUGGACUUCUAGUCAUCCUCAAGCCUGCCCGAUUGUGAGGGGGAUUCUGGGAAGGGUCAUCCAGACCAUGAUCUUUUCCAACCUCUACUCUAGACAUCCUGUUUUAAGUCUUAUCAAACAAGGUGCCAUCCAGGUGUUUUUUAGAAUAGCUCCCAUUGCCUCUGACUCAGCAUGGAACAUGGACUGAGCAAAAGGGAGUCUCAUUUCCAAAAUGUAGCUCUGUUACUCUACUCAGGAGCUUCUUAGGCUCUGACCAUCGACCAUCCUGGCUGAGGCUGACAGAGAGCUAUAGUCUAAAACAUCUGGCGGGCAGCUUCAUUUACUGUGUGGUUGGUGUGCUAUCCUGCUGCUCAUGUUUUUACCCUCCCCCCGAUAUUUCUUGCUGUAAUAGCUCUGCAAUCAUCUGUUUAUGAAUGUAUUAAUUCCAGUUACAUCCUACUUUUGCAGUAGGGAGCCCACGGCAGCAUACAAUGGCUCUGUUUCUCUCUCUUUUAUCCCCACAACAACUAUGUCAGGUAGAUCAAGCGAAGAGAUAGGGACUGACUCAAGGUUAUGGAGUGAGUUUCAUAGCUCAUUUGGAAUGUUAUAACCUGCCACUCCUGUAUCUCGACACCCAUCACUUUCUCCCAUUGGUUCCCUUUUUGUGAGACUGCAACAUUUGAGACACCAGCCAGCAUUGGGUCCUAUUCCGUCAGGGACCAUCUGUUGAGGGCCACAUGCUGAUGGCAAGGGGGGCCAAGCCAGCUGUGGAUACAGCUGGAAUUCAUAGUAGGUGAACUCCAUCCUUUUCUCUCCAUCCCUCCCUCCCCCCAUCUUUCAUCCACAACUAGAUGACUACAGGUGAGGGAAGGGAUCACUCUUUCAGAGCCCUUCUCUAAGGCAGUUGGAGGAGGCUGGCUUUUGAAAUUAUGGUGAGGGCAUGGCCUGCAUGUAGAUCUAGGGCUGCCAGUUUCCCACCUCUCCUCUGGAAAUGCCAUAGCUGAGGGUCAAAACAGACAAUGCAGUUAGCAUUAUGGCUAGAAACAGAUUCCUUUACAAGUUCAGAUUUGCUCAUUUGUCCCGACAUGAGGAUUCUACCUCCAUGAGUUUCAAAUUAACUAGCUUUUGUUUUGCGAUUGAUGGUUGGCAAUUAAACACAGACCUCAUCUGCAGGUGUGAUUGAAGGAACUAAUCUCAGGAGCAAAAAAAUACUUUAUCACCUUCUAACAGUUCUACCCUCCGAUCCAUGGGAAAUCAGCAAAGCUCCUCUGCCAUUUCUUCUGGAGUUGGGUAGCUAAUUUUUUUUAAUCAAUUAAUUGGCCUUUAGGAAAGAUACAGGAAUGUAAAUUGUGUCUGGUUUUGCAGACUUCCAGGAAAUUGAAAAAGGCACUUGAGAUCUUUCAGCUGCUAUUGGGCGAGGCAACUUGAUUUAUAAAAUGGCUUCUUAAAUUAAUCUCAUACAGGCUUUCAGAUUGGGCUGAUCUGAAGAUAGAAUAUAACAAAUAUGGUAGGGCUGCCUUAUCCACAGAAUCAGUACCUGCUGAUUCACUUAUCGACUAGCUCAAAAUACUAAAUAAAACCUCCCAGAAAUACCAAUUUGUAUGUAUAUCCAGGGUGUAUAUACCAGAAUUGGUCACUAGAGAGAAACAGAGACC